GUACUAAUAUAUAAGAUGCCGAAUAGUAGCAGAGCUCAGCACACAAAUUACAAAAAUGCCGCCAGCGAAGCAGCUCCGGGAUCUCUUCACGGCAAUACUGCUUGUUUUUAUUAUUGCAGCGGCGGCGAACUUGCCGGUUAUAGUACUUUCCGGCGCCGGUGAUGUCCGCAGAUCGGAUUUUCCUGAUACUUUCGUUUUCGGUGCCGGUUCUUCUGCCUAUCAAGUUGAAGGAGCAGCAUUUGAAGAUGGAAGAAUGCCUAGCAUUUGGGACACCUUUGCUCAUGCUGGUAUUUAUGGAGGAGCCAACGCGGAUGUAUCUUGUGACGUAUACCAUAAAUACAAGGAAGAUGUAAAACUCAUGGCUCAUAUGGGUUUGGAAGGGUACAGAUUUUCUAUUUCGUGGUCGAGGCUUAUUCCAAAUGGAAGAGGUUCGAUUAAUCCUAAAGGGUUACAGUAUUACAACAAUCUCAUCAAUGAGCUCCUCCGUCAUGGAAUUCAACCACAUAUUACGUUAUGUCACAGUGAUAUACCACAAACGCUUCAAGAUGAAUAUGGUGGAUGGAUGAGUCGAAAGAUAAUCGAUGAUUUCACUGCUUACGCGGAUGUGUGCUUCAAGGAAUUCGGUGACAGGGUUUCGUAUUGGACUACGUUAAAUGAAGUCAAUGUGUUCACUAUAGGUGGUUAUGAUAAUGGGAUCACACCCCCGAAUCAUUGUUCCCCACCUUUCGGAGCUAAAUCCUGUUCCAUAGGUAACUCUUCAACCGAGCCAUACAUAGUAGCUCAUAAUAUACUGCUUGCUCAUUCAGCCGCGGUGAGACUAUACCGGAGAAAAUACAAGGUAGCACCUUCUGAACUAACUACUAUUAUACUAAAGCCCCAAACUUUUGCUGAUAGUGUGAGUGUGUCGCUGCAGUCAACUCAACAUGGUUUUGUGGGAUUGAAUCUCUUUGCAUAUCGACCACUUCCUUGUACAAAUGAAACAGCUGAUAUAAAUGCAGUACAACGAGUUUAUGAUUUCUACGUAGGCUGGUUUGCCAAUCCCUUAAUAUUUGGCGAUUAUCCUGAUGUUAUGAAGAGGAAUGUUGGGUCUAGAUUGCCCGAAUUCACACGAGAAGAGUCUAUGCAAGUUAAAGGCGCUAUAGACUUCAUAGCCCUGAAUCAUUAUCAAACAAUACAUGUCAAAGAUAGCUCCAGCAGCCUUGAGAGUAAAAUCAGGGACUACACCAUUGACGGAGCAUUCGAACUUAUAUACACCGAAGAAGAUUCUCCACCAGAUCAGUUUGAGUAUCCAGUGACACAACCAGGACUAGGAGACAUAUUAGAAUAUCUCAAGCAGGCUUAUGGCAAUAUUCCAAUAUAUAUUCACGAAAAUGGUCAAAUGACAAGACGAAAUGCUACGUUAAAUGAUACAAGAAGGGUGGAAUAUCUGCAAGCUUACAUUGGGAAUGUGCUUGAUGCUAUGAGGAAUGGAUCAAACGUGAAAGGCUAUUUCGUGUGGUCGUUCCUAGACUGUUUUGAGUUACUGGAUGCAUAUGGUUCAGGAUUUGGCUUAUACUAUGUGGAUUUGGAUGACAAAGAGUUAACAAGAUAUCCAAAGCUUUCUUCACAUUGGUACACUAAUUUCUUGAAGGGGAAAGCCUCCAAACAUAGUGAAAUUCUUCAUUCUUCACAAUAAGUAUUUUGUGGUUUCAUUUGUAUCUUCACAAUAAUGAUGUAUUAUUUCUAAGUUGAGCGGACUCUUCACUUUCGAUGCUGCACUCGUGUCGGAUUCUCCAAAAAAAAUCCGACACGCGUUCGCUGCCAUUUUUGAAGAGUCCGAGCAACAUAGAUUAUUUCAAAUGUUAGUUGUUUUUUAUGCUAAUUCUUGCAAAGAGUAAUAAGGAUUAAUGCUAAUAGUGAAGUGAUUGACAUUUGGAGUAUCUUA